UAUGAAUCAACCGUUCGAUUAUUAUUGCAGGUGGUGCAGGACGGUAUAACGGAAACAAUUUAUAGAUUUGUUUUUUGACAUUUUAAGAAUCUGAAGAAAUGCCUCAACUGUUAAAAUAACAAUACUAAUUUUUUCAGAAGAACGAAAGACAGAAGUACAUAGAGAUGGCAAAUUUCAUCAAUAAGCAACAGGCAAUGCCAAGAGAGAUGUCUUGAAGAUAAAAUGAUCAUCAUAUUUCUUUUCAAUAUUCUCUAAAUUUUCAAGAUACUAUAAAAUUGGGAUUGUUUUGUAUAUAUGUUUGUAUCCCAUGUCUUCUCUUCGUCACAUAGCAACUGAACCAGCUAAUUUAAGUCAAAAAUUAGCUGGUAAUGCUUGCAAUCCUGAUGAUGCUGUUAAUCAUGACAGAACAUCUAGUCAUUCGGAUUCUGAUAUUAGCAAUAGUACAGCAAGUGUAUCCCAAGCAUCUCUUCAGUCAGAACCUCCACCUCAGAUGAAAUCAUCAUUGACAUUAAAUUUACCAUUAAUAAGUGGAUUGAAUGUUGAGGAAAUUGAAGAAGAAAAAUUAGAAACAAAAAAAGUUGCACCAAGUAAAAGGCGACAAAUGAGAAGAGGUAGUGAAUGGGAAAUAUUAGAAGGUCUUAAAGAUGGCCAAAGAUUUGAGGAAAAGCCUGAAAAAUUUGAAGGUUACAUGAUGAAAAGAAGGAAAUGGCCAUUGAAAGGUUGGCAUAAAAGAUACUUUUGCUGUGAUAAGGGAAUCUUGACAUAUUCCAAAUCUUCUACUGAGAUGGCAAGAGGCAAAAUACAUGGAACAGUAGAUGUUGGUCUUUCUGUUAUUUCUUCAAAACCACGUCAUCGUAGGAUUGAUAUUGAUGCAGACGAAUUUAUCUAUCAUCUAAAGGUAAAAAAUAAUCUCUUAUUUCACCAGUGGAUAGCUCAGCUUCGUCGGCAUCGGUUAUAUCGUCAAAAUGAAAUUGCUUUUGGAACUCAUGAAGCACCAAAAAUCACAACUCCUGUUGAAGAGACACCUGUUGGAGGUAAAAAAUCUUUCAGAGUUUUAAUAAGAAGGGCAUUUUUGUAUUGUGAAAUAGUACAAGACAGAAGUAAAGAAAUAAAUAGAAUAAUGAGUGUGGCCAAGACCCUAGGUUACCGAAAAAGUGCAAUUCUGGGAAUGGUUAGGAAGUAUGAAGUGAACAACAAGAAAGGGUCUUUUAAAAAUGCUCCCACUGGAAUUGUAAAAUUUACAUAUAAUGAAAGCAUGAAUAGCGUUAUGAAAGAGAUUGCUUGCAGAAAAGGUUCAAGAAUGCUUAUAAAAUGGGCCCCUAAUUUAUACAAAAUCCUCAGAAAUGAUAAGGAUGUUAUAAUGUCAGAGGAGAAAGCAGGGGUUUAUAGAAUUCCUUAUGAAAAUAUGCAAUUGGGCAUUAAAAAAGACUAUAUUGGAGUAACCACCAAGAGUUUGGGACUUAGAAUCAAAGAACAUAGUUAUAUCAGAAAGGAGUCUAAUGCAACAAUUUUGUCCCAAAUGGCACAAGCACCAGGAUCUGUAGUCAAAUGGAAUGAGGCAGCUGUCAUAGAACCUUUAUCUUCCCCAUCUUUGGCGUUGACAGCUGAAAAGUUGCAGAUUUAUAGGAGUAAAAUACUAGAAGGCUGUUUAAAUGCGAGACAUUUGCGAGCUUCCGAACACAGAUUUACUAUUCAACUCGACGAAACUACAGAUAUAGCUGGAUUAACGAUCUCGCUUGUUAUUCAAGAUAUAUCUUGGGAUUUAUGUCAUCGAGUACGUAUCGAUGGAGCCAAGGCAAUGCUUGGUAAAUUGAAUGGCGUAGUUGCACGCAUGAAACAAAAAAAUCCUCACACGAGAAGUACUCAUUGUCGUCUUUGCCGACGGGCUCUCGCAGUGACGAAAAUGCCAGAAGAGCUAAAAGACAUACAAAUUGCAUUAUUACAAGAUAAACUAUUUCAAUUGAAUACUAUUAUCCAACAUCUUGAAGUAACAUCAAAUUCAUGUUUAGUUAAUCAUCUAGAGCUCCCUGAAAUGAAUCAAAAUAAUUUAAAAAAAGAAAGACGCAGGUUUCUUUUAAGAAGGAAAAAAAAUACUAAGACCAGUCAAAGUAGUCUACAGAGUUCAGGUUUUGGAAAAGCAUUAGGAGGAAACAAGAAAGGAAAUAAACAAAAAAUAGAAAUAGUUGUUCUCAGAGAUACAAGUGUUAGCAGUAGCACAGAAAAUAUUAGUGAUGUAGCAGAAAAUAAUCAGUUGAAAAAGGUACCAUCUGGUUUAUCUAUAAAAGAUUCUGCUCACUUAAGUUGUUCUAAUCCUUCUCUAGUCAGAGAUGCAGAAUUUAGUCGACCACAUAGCCUUCCUGAUUCUUCUUCUAUGUUAAAUUGUGCCCUAACAGAUUCUGCAUCCUCGUGUUCUCAAAGUAGUCUUCAGCAUAAAUAUCAGGAAGAAUUUUUAUGUUUGGCAAAAGAAGUUCACAGUGGACUGCGAUCUAUGUUACGUUCAUUACACACUGAACGUGAAAGAUUGAAACAGAUACUUGAAAAUGAAGGUCUUCCAAGUGAAAGUGGCAGUGGAUCACUUAUCACUACGCUUAAAAAUUCUUUAAAUCAAGCUUUAAUGCAAAAUAAAGAUUUACGUAUGAGACUUCAACAGAUUCACGCAACCUCUGAUGUUGGUAGUACUACAACAUAUAUCUCAGGCACACCUACAGCAGAAAAUGCAGAUGAAUCCACACUAAUUCAUCAACCUCUACAGCCAUCAUUAUCUCAUGAAAGUUCUUCUGUUUUAUCUGCAUCGGAAUAUUUUGAUGCUGAAGAAAAUCUUUCUAGUAGUACAACUUCGUCAGAGGCUUCAUUAUCAGAUGAUGCAGGAAGUUUUCUCAGUGAUGUUUCAGAAGAAGGUACUGAGUAUACUCCAAUUCCUAGUAGUAAGUCACUAAUUCAUCAACCUCUACAGCCAUCAUUAUCUCAUGAAAGUUCUUCUGUUUUAUCUGCAUCGGAAUAUUUUGAUGCUGAAGAAAAUCUUUCUAGUAGUACAACUUCGUCAGAGGCUUCAUUAUCAGAUGAUGCAGGAAGUUUUCUCAGUGAUGUUUCAGAAGAAGGUACUGAGUAUACUCCAAUUCCUAGUAUUUCAGAUUUAGUUUCUUCUCCAACAAGAAAUACAGGGAGAAGAUCAAAACUUCCUGCUCCUAAACCAGAUUUGGGUGAUUUUAGUUUAUGGAAUUUAUUAUGCAAAAACAUUGGAAAAGACCUUUCAAAAGUUAGCAUGCCAGUUACACUCAAUGAACCAAUAAAUGUUUUACAAAGAUUGUGUGAAGAGUUGGAAUAUAGCGAGUUAUUAGAUAAAGCAUCAGAAACAAUUGAUCCUUUUGAACGAAUGGUGUACAUUGCUGCCUUUGCAGUAUCAGCAUACAGUGCUUCCUAUUACAGAGCUGGUCACAAACCAUUUAAUCCAUUACUUGGUGAAACAUAUGAGUGUAUUAGAGAAGAUAAAGGUUUUCGUUUUGUUGCUGAGCAGGUUAGCCAUCAUCCUCCCAUCUCUGCAUGUUAUGCAGAAUCUAGGAAUUACAUCUUCUGGCAAGAUAUGAGAGUAAAGACUAAAUUUUGGGGAAAAUCAAUGGAAAUCCUUCCUAUAGGAUCUAUCCAUGUACGUCUGCCAAGAACAGGGGACCAAUAUUGUUGGAACAAAGUAACAACUUGUGUGCAUAAUUUAUUUAGUGGACAACGUUGGGUAGAUCAGUAUGGAGAAAUGAUUAUUACAGAUAAAACUGGCGACGUUAACUGUAAAUUAAAUUUUGUAAAGGCUAGUUAUUGGUCCAAUAAGCGGCAUGAAGUAUACGGAACAGUUAGUACAAGUGAAGGAGAAGUAAUACAUAAUUUGUUUGGAAAAUGGACAGAAUCUCUGUAUUGUGGUGUUGCCCCAACAGCAAGAUGUGUCUGGAGACCUGGUGCUAUGCCUCAAGAUUAUGAAAUGUAUUAUGGUUUUACAACUUUUGCUAUGGAAUUAAAUGAGUUGGAUCCUGAUAUGACUAAACUUCUUCCUCCGACAGAUACAAGGCUUCGACCUGAUCAAAGAUUAUUAGAAGAAGGAAAUGUCCAAAUGGCAGAAACUAUAAAAACUCAAUUGGAACAAGCACAAAGAGAGCGCAGAAAGAAACGUGAAGAAGAAAAUAUUGAACAUAUUCCAAUGUGGUUUCGGAAAGAAAAAGAUGAUGGAAGAGAGGCUUGGGCUUAUACUCACAAAUAUUGGGAAACACGAGCAUCACCUGGUUUUGUCAACAUUACUUUUCCUGUUAAAAUAUGGUAGCAUUAAAAGAAAACAGGAAAUUUGGCUAGCACAUUUCUUUCUUAUUGGCACUUUUUAAAUCUUGACAAUUGUCAUUUGCCUGUGAUUGGCACAAACAUUAGAAAAAUAGCAUUAAAAGAUUGCUACUUAAGAUUAUUGUUGAUGUUUGGAAUUAUAAUUGAAUAAAGAAUUAAUGAAAGAGACAAUUCAAACUAAAAGUUAAUGACUA